AUGAGUAGCGGUGACGACAGUGUGAAUAAGGUGGAAGACGUUGGUGAUGUGCCCGUUGCUGAAGCGGUGAAUGGGCUUUCAAUGCGGGAAGUUCCCGACGACAAGCUUGAGUAUAUCAGCGCAGAUGCGGAUCUAACGGAAGACUUGCCCGACGACGCGGAAUACAUCAACCUUGUGCAUUUGAAGAUUAGAGCAAUGGAGGAUUUGGAUCUGGUACGAUUCACAAGGUUGCAAUCGCUCUGUCUCAGACAAAACCUGAUCGAGAGUAUCUCCGAAGUGGACGUGCUACCGGCAAACACGCUCGAGGAACUUGACCUUUACGACAACAGGAUCAAGCAUAUCUCUAAAUACGUGAACAAGCUCGUCAACUUGAAGAGCCUUGAUUUGUCCUUCAACAACAUAAAACACAUAAAGAACGUGGACAAAUUGGUUAAUUUGGAGGACCUCUACUUUGUCCAAAACAAGAUUACCAAGAUCGAAAAUUUGUCCACUUUGAAAAACUUACGGAAUCUGGAGUUGGGAGGGAACGGGAUCCACGAGAUUGAACCGGAAUCCUUCGUCGGAUUGGACAAACUCGAGCAGAUCUGGCUGGGGAAAAACUCCAUCCCGAGACUGGUGAACCUAACCCCGUUGAAAUCCCUAAAGAUAUUGUCUAUACAGGGCAACAAACUGAAAAAAAUCGAGGGGCUGGAAGAACUCGUCAACCUCGAAGAGCUGUACCUAUCGAAUAACUUCAUCAGAAAGAUUGAAGGGCUUGAGAAAAACACCAAGUUAAAUACCCUCGAUAUUACGUCCAACAAGGUCACCAAAAUCGAAAACAUUUCCCACCUAACACAAUUGACCGAUAUUUGGGCAUCAUUUAACAAUAUAGACCAGAGCUUCGAAUCCCUCGGGGAAGAAUUGAAGGAACUGACCUCGUUGGAAACAAUAUACCUCGAGGGGAACCCGAUACAGCGCAACAACGAAACAUCUUACAGGAGAAAACUGGUUCUCAAUGCACCAAAAUCGCUUGAAAAGAUCGACGCCACUUAUAUAAAAGGCUAA